CCAUCAAUAACAAAUCUGUGUACACUCUUCUUCUUCUCAGCUAUGGUUGUGGUGGACGGAAAACCUGUGAGACUGCAACUCUGUGAUAUGGCUGGYCAGGACGAGCUGGACCGGAUCCUCCCUCUAUGCUACCACAAUGCCGACGUCUUCCUGCUCUGCUACAGCGUGGUGCGCCCCUCCUCCUUCCGCAACGCCACCGACCGCUGGGCGCCCGAGAUCCGCCGUCACUGCCCCGGGGCGCCCAUGGUCCUGGUGGGGACCCAGCUGGACCUGAGGGAAGACGUCCAGGUGCUGGUCCAGCUGGCCAGGAAUCAGGAGCGGCCCGUGGGCACCGAGGAGGCCCAGCAGCUGGCGCAGGAUAUCGGUGCCGUGUCCUUCGUAGAGUGCUCGGRUCUGACCCAGAAGAACCUGAAGGAGGUGUUUGACCAGGCCAUCUUGRMCAGCAUCCAGCCGGCGGAGAACGUUCAGCAGCUCCAGCAGAGGCAGAGCCUGAGGAAGAAGACCCCGGAUAAGAUCAAGAGUCUCUCUGAGACUUGGUGGAAGAAGCUGAGCUGUGUUGUUGUGGCAGGAGAGUGUGUGGGAGGAGAGUUUGACUGAACCCCCAAACAGCUGUUUAGGAUUUGACAUUUUUCUAAGCUUGUGUUUAGUCUUUAGUUUUUUUCACUCCGUAUAUAAUAGCACUCAGGAAAACAGACCUGGAUCAAUAAUAURUUGGAAAAAAUGUAAAUGUAUUAUCCAAAGACUUAUGGAAUUAUUUWAUAUCUAAAAARGARAAGCACUAGAAAGAAUUAUCAUUGCUGGCAAGAUAAUGAAUGAAAUGCAGAGUUUCAGCAUUAGUGAUACCUUAUAUUAACUACGGGUAGGACAAGGUUUUGUGUUCCAAGGCCUUGACGAGGGCACAACAAGUCUGAAUUGAUUUGAAUGACCAAAUCCAAUAGCUGGGGAGACUACUAAUGAAAUGACUGACUUCACAAUGAUCUCUGUGUUUUUUUUGUGUAACCCCCAUUAAGGGUCAAAGGUCACCAUUGGAGAAUGUUGUGGAGGAUUACGAGAAACCAGCCAGUAGAAACUCUAACGCCAAACCAUAAACUUACUUUGUGUCUGCCAUUU